AUGUGUGUACUAGCCACUGAGGUUGUUUUGCAGACCUACCUGGCGGUAGUCGAGUGGGAUGGUUUGGAUGAACAACACUGUCUUAUUGCGCCCACAGAACAUGCAUGUUCAAGUAUCCAACUAGACGAGAAUGUUUGGGAUGAGAUGCGGAUAUGGAGAAAAGGAUUGGUGGCGAUGUGGCGUGAAAGCGGACAAGAUUGCUUAUUCUUGGAAAUGUCACGAAAUGUUGCUUACGGUGCACAUCUUGUCAUAGAAUGCGUUCCCGUACCUGUCGAAGUCGGCGGCACAGCACCAAUCUAUUUUAAGCUGGUUGACAUGGGGGUGAUUGAGGUACGACAUGUCUAUCAGCUCUCCGAAUACGACGCCAGUCCGUCUUCACUCAUGAAGUUCGUUAAGCGGGGUCGCGGCGACCUUUACGCCGAAUUCGGUAAAGCAAUAAUGGAGUGUGAGGAGGAUUAUGCACAUAACAAGAAGUUGAUCGAAAUUAAAGAUCUACGGCGACAAAUUCCAAGAAAUUUCAGUUAUUUUGCCGUCGAUUUCGGUCUCAAUAAUGGCUACGCUCAUGUAAUAGAAAAUAUGCAAAGCUUCCCUUCUUCCUUUGCUCAUGAGAUCAUUGCUGGCAUGUUGGACCUACCUCCUAGCAAAUGGCGGAAGAAAAAGGCGCAAACCUACUCUGAGCUGAAGGCAAAGUGCGAUGCUAUGAAGGCUGCUUGGGAACCGUAUGACUGGACAAAGAGGAUAGAUAGAACGAAUCGCUGA